AUGCCUCACGCCACAGAGCCUCCCGCGCCCGACGCGGAGGAUACCGCCUUUGAGAAUGUGAUGCGACAGAUGAACGGCCCCUUCGGGGAAGGCGACAUGUCGUUUGACUUCCUCUCCCGCGACUUGGAACCCGGCGAAAAGGCAGACGACGCGGUAGACUACGAAGAUUUCGAUGACGACGAGCUACCCGAAGAAGAAGAGCGAACCGGGCCGCCCGCUGACAACGGAGUCGGGGAUCACGAAGACGACGCAGAUAAAGGCUUGUUUGAAGCGGAGGAGGAUGAUCUUUUCGGUGGCCACGAGGAGGAAACUCAGCAACCACCGCGUGAUGAACUGGACGACCUAUUCGGCGAUGGCCCCUCUUCUCCCCCAGCAGACCAUGCCGACCCAACACGAGAUUUGUUCUUCGAGGAGGAGGGAGAGGGCGAGAAGCCAACAGUGGCUCCCGAGCCUGUCGAACCUGCGCCCGCGCAACCCGAACCCAUGCCGAUGGACGAAGACGAGGACGAACCUAUGCAGGAAGACGAGGCGUUGAGUCCGACCGCGGAGGAUAUGGAUCCAGCUUCUCUUCGCGCCUGGAAGCUCCAGCAGGCUCUGUUCGCUAUGUCGUCUUAUGGUCCGGAAAACGUGCCUGCGCCGCCAGAGAAUGUCGAGGAGCUGUUGCAGUCGUUAUUCCCCAUGUUCGAUAAGAAUGCUCUUCCGCGUUUCCUUGAGUUGAUUCCCCACAAGAAGGCCUUCUUUGUUGGAAAGCAGCCCCUCAAGCCCCCGAAGCCGGUCAUCCCUAACAAAGUGAACAUCGAAUUAGCUCACGACCAAGAGCGAUCGUUCAAGUCUGGAGGCCAGACGCUUAAACGUUCGCUGGAGUCGGAGCAUUCUGGCGUGGUUCCUGUCUUGGAGGCGGCCCAAGAGGAGGAACAGGAGAUCAAGGAAGAGUUUGAUCAGGACACGGAUACGGAGGAGGUGCUUCCUGGGGGGAUUACCCAUCAUGACCUUCGCGUUGUCUGUGCCGACUGGGAUGUGAGGGAUGACUUCUCCAUUCUGGAUGUUGAGGAGGCGGAGGUCAAGGAGGCGGAUGUUGACAUGGAAGACGACUGGCUUCUCGAAACCACCCGCCCGGCGAAGAAACGGAAACUUGGAAGAGAUCCGCUUGAAAUUGUCGCCUUGUCCCAUAUCGAUGUACCAGUGAUUGAUGACCCGCAACAAGCCACUUCCCGCAUCGCUCAAAAGGUCACAGUUGACAUGAACGAUCCUCAUAUUCUCCUUGACGAGCGAGGCGCAGAGGCUGCGGCGCAGAAGCCAAAGGCGCUGGGUGCUCUCAAGCGUGACGAGUUGGAUGCCAGUGUCACAAAACGCCUGACUUCGCGCUACAACAUCUCGAACGAUCAGGCAUACGAUAUGCUUAAGCAGAACCACCAGAACAAGGUUCGGAGUACCCUGGGCAACGUUACCCUGGAGCACAGUAUGCCUGCCCUGCGUCUGCAAUGGCCUUACUACAAGACCGAGCUGUCCAAGGCCGAGGCGCGUUCCUACCAUCGCCCUGCUCUCUCUUUCCGGCCUGGACAGACCUGUUGGUUCAAGAACCCGGCUUAUAUCAAACGAAAGCACCAAAAGGGCAAGGACGUCAAGCAACUCUACGAUUCUACAAAAUCUCUCUCUUUGGCUGACAACUCCAACGUUCUGCUGGUGGAAUACUCCGAAGAGGUUCCACUUGUGCUGUCUAAUUUCGGUAUGUCAAAUCGGAUCAUCAACUACUAUCGGAGAAAGAGCAUGGAAGACCCCACUCGCCCCAAGGCCGAAAUUGGCGAAACCGCGGUUCUUCUCCCCCAGGACAAGAGCCCCUUCUCGAUCUUCGGACACGUGGAUCCUGGCGAGGUGACUCCGGCCAUCUCUAAUUCCAUGUAUCGUGCCCCAUUGUUUGUGCACGAAGCCAAGAAGACCGACUUUUUGAUCGUGCGUAGCAGUACUGGCUCUGGUGGCAGCGAUUAUUACAUCCGUAACAUAGAAAACCUCUAUGUUGCCGGUCAGCAGUUCCCGUCGGUGGACAUCCCUGGACCCCAUUCGCGAAAGGUCACAACGGUGGCCAAGAACCGGAUGAAGAUGCUGGUAUACCGCCUGUUGAAAAAGAGCCCAGACCUUCGGCUCUCUAUCAGCGACGUCACCGCGCACAUCCCAGGAACUAGCGAUAUGCAAAAUCGACAGAAAGUCAAGGAUUUCCUCCAGCACGACAAAGACUCCAAGUACUGGGUGCCAAUGGAACCUGUGCCGGAGCAAGACGUGAUUCGAUCAUGGGUCCAACCCGAGGACGUUUGUCUGCUGGAAUCUAUGCAGGUCGGCCAGCAACAUCUGCACGACACUGGUUUCGGCAAUGAUGCUGAGAAAACCGGCAACGAAGGCGAGAAAAAGGAACGGGAAGACGAAGACAGAGAUAACGAUGAGGAGGGAGAGAGCUUCGAGCAACAAAUGGCACCUUGGAAGGCAACCCGCAAUUUCCUUCUCGCAUCGCAGGGCAAAGCAAUGCUCAAGCUACACGGAGAAGGUGACCCUACAGGACGUGGCGAAGGCUUCAGUUUUAUCAAGACGUCGAUGAAGGGCGGCUUCAAGGCGGUUGGCGAGAGUGUGGAAGAUAAGCUCGAUGCCCAGCGGCUCAAGGAGCUUGGAGGCCACAGUUACAAUGUUGCCCGGCAGCAGAAGUCAUAUGAAACGUCCAUCCGACGUAUCUGGGAUUCCCAGAAGGCGUCUCUGUCUUCAACAGUCGAACACUCCGACGAUGAGAGCGACAUUGACCGCGAAGAAGAGGAGGAGUUCGGCAAGCCUACUCCGCGAUCCGAGGCUCCCACUCCGGCUCCUUUCCGCCGAAAGGUUCUGCGUAUUAUGCGGACGUUCAGGGAUGAAAAGGGCGAGCUCUACCAGAAGGAACAUAUGGUCUGGGAUCCCCGGGUUAUCCGCCACUACAUCCAGCAUCGGCAUCGGGUCGAGGCACUCACCACCAAACUUGAAUCACUUCAGCCAACGGGCGACAAGGAGAUCGACGCUCGUAACAAGAAGCUCCUGGAAGCCGAACUCAGCCGUCUCAACCGCAACAAAGAACGACGCUUCGCCCGCGAGAAGCAGAAGGGCGCAGCCCGCGCAUCUGCAGGAGACUCCCCCGCCGAUGGCGGCAAAUCCGCCGGGACGCAACGGAAGUGUGCCAACUGCGGCCAAGUCGGCCACAUCAAGACAAACAAAAAGUGCGUAUGCCAUAAACCAGGUCCCUCCUUUGGAUUUCCAAACAACCCUUCAGAUUUCGAUCUCCCCUUCUUUACCAAUCCGUAG